AUGCCCGGCGGGCCCCUGGCAGGGUUGCUGGUUGCGCUGUGCGUCAGCAGCGCGGUGCACGGCGUGCCAAGCAAGAGCAAAAGACAAUCCGGCCAGUAUCGCACGUAUCCAGAACUUCUCGACACGGCGGCUGUGGCUCCAGUCGGCUGUGAGGAAAACGGUCGCUCAUUCAGACUGAACGAGCAGUGGGAGAAACCCUACCGUGGUAGUACUCUGGUGUGCACCUGCAAUGGAGCAGCAGGCAUCAAAUGUAAAACUAAGCCUGAAGUGGAGGAGUCUUGUUAUGAUAAGUACAAUGACCGGACGUACCGAGUGGGCGAAACCUACGAGAGACCAAAGGACGGGAUGAUGUGGGACUGCACCUGCAUCGGCUCUGGCCGGGGCAAGAUUAGCUGCACUAUUGCAAAUCGUUGCCAUGAAGGUGGGAGGUCUUAUAAAAUUGGAGACACUUGGCAGAGGCCUCAUGACACCGCUGACUACAUGCUGGAGUGUGUGUGUCUGGGAAAUGGCAAAGGAGAGUGGACGUGCAAACCUGUGGCCGAGCGUUGCUACGACAACAGUGCUGCGUCAUCGUACGUCGUGGGGGAGACGUGGGAGAAACCCUACCAGGGCUGGAUGAUGCUUGACUGCACCUGUCUGGGAGAAGGAAACGGACGCAUCACCUGCACGUCAAGAAACCGUUGCAACGACCAGGACACCAGGAGAUCCUACCGUAUUGGAGACACGUGGAGCAAGACCGACGCCAGCGGACACGCUGUGCAGUGUCUGUGUUUAGGAAAUGGCCGUGGAGAGUGGAAGUGUGAAAGACACAACGCUGGAAGAACCACUGGCGCCGUAGUGCUGACCCCCACCCGGUCUCGGCAGCAGCCCGAGCCAUCUGCCGAGGGAACCUGCCGCACGGACUCCGGAGCCACUUACUUUGACGGGCAGCGGUGGAUCAGGAACCAGGGAAGCAAGCAGAUGCUCUGCACCUGCCUGGGUAACGGAGUGAGCUGUCAGGAGUGGGAGAUCAAGAAACAGGUGUAUGGUGGCAGCUCCAACGGCCAGCCUUGUGCAUUUCCCUUCGUCUUCAUGGGGAAGACUUACUACUCGUGCACCUCGGACGGACGCUCGGACGGACAGCUCUGGUGCUCCACCACCUCCGACUAUGAGAGAGACCAACAGUACUCUUUCUGUACUGAGAAGAACGCCAUCGUGGUCACACGAGGCGGGAACUCCUUCGGCUCCCUUUGCCACUUCCCCUUCCUCUACAGCGGCCGCAACUACACCGACUGCACCUCUGAUGGGCGGCGCGACGGCAUGCGGUGGUGCGGGACCACUCACAACUACGAUGGCGAGCAGCGCUUUGGGUUUUGCCCCAUGGCCGCUCACGAGGAGGUGUGUACCACCAGUGAGGGGGUGAUGUACCGCGUGGGUGACAAGUGGGACAAACGGCACGACGUCCUGGGCCACAUGAUGGAGUGCACAUGCCAGGGCAAUGGCCGUGGAGAGUGGAGCUGCAUUGCCCACUCCCAGCUGCGAGACCAAUGCAUUGUUGAUGGAUUGACCUAUGAAGUGAGCCAAGAAUUCUCCAAGCGGCACAACGAGGGCUACAUGAUGAACUGCACCUGUUACGGACAGGGCCGAGGCCGCUGGAAGUGCGACGCCGUCGAUCAGUGCCAGGAGCCACAAACCAGGGUGUUUUAUCAGAUCGGAGAGACGUGGGACAAAGUCAGCCAUGGGAUCCUCUACCGCUGUUACUGCUAUGGCAAUGGAGUUGGAGAAAUGAGAUGUGAACCGCAGCACAACUACCAAGGCGGCCACAGACCUGUCCAGGUGAUCAUCACAGAGGCGGGAAAACAGCCGGACUCCCACCCAAUUCAGUGGAACCCCCCGUCGUCCGUUCACAUCACCCAGUACAUUCUCAAGUGGAGAGUCAAAAACUCUCAUUCCCCGUGGAGGGAGGUCACCAUCCCUGGCAACAUGAACUCCUACACCAUCAGCGGGCUGCGCUCGGGCAUCACCUACGAGGGCCAGCUGAUCAGCAUCCUGCGCUACGGGCGCCGCGAGGUUACACGCUUCGAUUUCACAACCACCCCGCACUCUCUGGAAACGUCAGAGGGAGAAACCUCCCUGCUCCCUCCAGUGUUGGACACUUCUGAGUCAGUGACGGAGAUCACCUCAAACAGUUUUGUUGUGUCCUGGACGUCAGCCUCUUCCACCAUCUCUGGCUUCAGGGUGGAGUAUGAACUCAGUGAGGAUGGAUCCAAGCCUAAAGUCCUGGAUGUUCCUCGCACGGCCACGUCUGUCACCCUCUCCGACCUGCUGCCAGGACGCAGGUACAACGUCAGUGUGUAUGAGCUCCCAGAGGGUGGACAGCCAAACCUCAUCCUGACUACCUCACAGACGACAGCCCCUGACAAACCCACGAGGCAGGUGGUGGACGAGGUCGGAGAGACCUCCAUCCGAAUCAGGUGGUCCAGACCUCAGGCGCCUAUUACUGGUUACCGCGUGGUGUACACACCGUCGGAGGAGGGCAGCAGCACCGAGCUCAACCUGCCUGACUCCGAGACCUCGGUGACCCUGGUUGACCUUCUGCCCGGUUUGCUCUACAACAUCAGCAUCUACGCUGUGGAGGAGGACCUGGAGAGCGAGCCUGUUUUUGUACAGGUCAACACGGCUGGAUCUCCUCAACAGGAGGUGGUCCAGGCCCCCACAGACCUGCAGUUCUAUGAAGUAUCAGACUCCAAAAUCACCAUCAUCUGGACUGGCCCCCCGAGAGACGUGAGCGGCUACAGAGUGUCCUUCACCCCCGUCAGCCCCGAUGGCGUCGAGAUGAGGCUCCUGCCGCUGCCCAUCUCACCCAACGCGUACGCUGAGAUCACCCACCUGCAGCCCGGCAUGCUCUACCGCUUCUACAUCUACGCCAUCAGCGGUGGGGUUGAGAGUGAGCCGCUUGUUGGAGAAAAGUCCACCAAACCCGACACCCCCACAAACGUGCGCUUCACUGACAUCGGCCCAGACAACGCACUUGUCAUCUGGGACGCUCCUCGUGCCGUGGUCACCGGCUACCGCCUCUUCCUGAGCAUCGAGGGCUCCAGCCCCGUGGAGAAGAGGAUCCCAGGCGGAGUCACCCAGUACCCCUUGAGAAACUUACGCCCGGACACGCAGUACACUGCUGUCCUGCACUCUGAGCUGGCCAAUGAGCUGAGCGAGGGCGUCACCGAGUAUUUCACCACUGCCCCUCAAAUGGGAAAUGCUCCAAUCUACAGCACAGAGGUGACUGAUAGCUCCAUCAUCAUCUCCUGGAUACCCGUCAGCAGGUUCAGCUACAAGCUGUCUGUGCUCCCCAGCCAGGAGGGCGAAUCUCCCAGAGAAGACACCUCGUCCUCUGGACGUGUGUUUGUGGACGGUCUCUUUCCAGGAACCCAGUACACCUACAGCGUUCAGCCCAUCUUCAACGGACGUAACCGUGGAAACCCCGUCACCCGCACUGCCGUCACCUCUCUGUCUCCUCCCACUGACCUGAGAGUAGAGUCCAAACCCACCACAGGAGAUCUCGUAGUCCACUGGGUGGAAUCCAAAACCCCAGGCAUUACAGGCUACAGAGUGACGAGCACGCCCACCAACGGGCAGAGAGGAAACACUCUGGAGGAGUUCGUGCCCGUCGGUCAGACCUCAGUCAUGCUGGAGAAUCUGAAUCUGGGUGUGGAGUACAACGUCAGCGUGUUCACCACCAAGGGCCACGUUGAAAGUGUGCCCGUCUCCACUAUAGUCACAUCAGACUUCCCCACUCCGAGUCAUAUUGACUUUGUCGACAUUACUGACACCACCAUUGGCCUGCGCUGGAUCCCCCUGAAUCAUACUACCAUUACCGGCUACCGAAUAACGGUGGCAACGUCAGGCGAGCGCUCGCCAAUUUUCCAAGACACGGUGGAGGAUUCUGCGGGUUAUUACACGAUCCGUGGUCUGGAGCCGGGCGUGGACUAUGACGUCAGUAUCGUCACGUUAACAGAGGAGGGCGAGAGCCAGCCGACCACUCACACAAAGCAAACGCAUGCUGCCAUUCCCGCUCCCACUCACCUGCAGUUUGGAGGGGUGGGCCCUGACAGCGUUAGGGUUACAUGGACGAUCCCCCAUGUCGCCACGCCGAGCGAUAUCUCCCGGUUCGUCGUCCGGUACCACCCUGUGGCCACAGACGACGACGUCAAAGAGGUCAACGUGGGCGGAGCCACCAACACCUUACUGCUGCAGAACCUGCUGCCCAACACUGAGUACCGUAUCAGCGUCGUGUGUGUGUACGGUGAACGAGAAAGUGAACCAGCCACGGGAAAUCACAGGACAGCCGUGGACGCGCCGACCGGCUUGGACUUCUCUGACAUCCGGACCAACUCCUUCACCGUUCACUGGGUGGCUCCGACUGCGGUCAUCAGCGGCUACCGGAUCCGUUACCAGAAGACGAGCGGCGGACGGGCGAAGGACGAGAGGCUUCCCCCAACCAGAAAUCACUUCACGCUGACUGGACUCACACCUGAGACGGAGUACCUGGUGCACGUUUACGCCGUCAUUAACAAUCAGGAGAGCCAGCCUCUCACCGGCACCCAGGCAACGAUCUCUGAUGCUCCCACUGAUCUGGAGGUUACGUCGUCCUCCCCCACCAGCAUCACCAUUCGAUGGGACGCCCCCUCUGUCGCAGUGAGGAACUACAGGAUCACCUACGGAGGGACCAGUGGCGAGACUCCUCAAGAGUUUACAAUCCCAGGCACUCAGACAACUGCCACCAUCCACGGACUGAAGCCCGGUACUGACUACACCAUCACAGUGUAUGCAGUCAGCGCACGAGGAGACAGUCCCGCCUCCAACACCCCCGUCUACAUCACGCACAAGACCGAUAUGGAGGCCCCCCCUAACAUGAGGCUGACAGACAUCAGCGACAACGCCAUCACCGUUCGCUGGUCUCCCGCUCAGGGUCCAGUCAGAGGCUACAGGGUCACAGGCGUCCCUCGAAACGGACUGGGACCUUCCUACUCUGAGGUUGUUCCCCCAGAUCAGACACAGAUGACUUUCACAGGCCUGAUGCCCACUGUGGAAUACGUUGUCAGUGUUUAUGCCCUGGGCAGCGAUGGAGCGCCUUCAUCUCCUGCCGUGGAGAAUGCUGUCACUGCAAUGGAUCGUCCCAAGGAGUUGAUCUUCUCUGACAUUGACUCCACCUCGAUGCGCAUCACGUGGGAUCAUCCCGACGGCACGGUCACGUCGUACCGCAUCUUGUACUCGAGCCCAGAGGAGGGCACCAGAGAGCUGCGCCCGGCGCCCAGAGGCGACCAGGACACUGUGGUGCUGAACGGCCUUCGCCCCGGCACUGAGUACACGGUUAAAGUCAUCGCCCUGCACGAUCGAACGCCCAGCACACCGUUAGUGGGAACACAGGCCACAGUGAUCCCUGCGCCGACUGACCUGCAGAUCUCAGAGGUCGGUCCUACCUUCUUCACCGUGUCGUGGCGUCCUCAGAAUGCACAACUGACGGGCUACCGUGUGGUCGUCAGUCCCAAGAACGUCAACAGUCCCCGCAAAGAAAUGAAUGUUGCUCCUGACACAACACGUGUUGUUGUACCCGGUCUGAUGGUUGCAACUACAUAUGAGGUCCAGGUUUAUGCCCUGAAGAACUCUCUCACCAGCAGACCUCUACAGGGAGAGACAACCACCCUGCAAGAUGUGAGCCCUCCUCGCCGUGUGCGUAUUUCUGACGUUAAGGACACUUCUUUCACGCUGACCUGGCGCACAAAGGGAGAAACCAUGACUGGUUUCCUCAUUGAGACCACGCCGCUCAGUGGCUCGCAGCCCACCAUCAGGAGGACCAUCCCGGGAGAUGCCUACACCUACACCCUCACAGGUCUGCAGCCGAGCACCAUGUACUCUGUUAACCUCUACACCCUGAACGGAAACACGAAGAGCGCCCCAGUUACUCUCAACAUUCAGACAGGCUCAGCAGUGGUCCAGGCUCCCACCAACCUCCACUUCACCUCUGUGACCCCCACCUCCAUCUCGUUCACCUGGCAGCCUCCGGCCUCUCAGAUCACAGGAUACUACGUCACCUAUGAGGAGUCGGGGCGCGCCCCUCGAGAGCUCAUCCCACGGCCCCACGCCGGCCAGAACUACGCCACCAUAUCUAACCUGAAACCAGCCACGGAGUACAUCAUUAAGAUCGUUGCGAUCCAGAACACACAGAGGAGCACGCCUCUGGUGGGCAGGAUCAGGACCAACCCAGACUCCUUCCUCCCCCUGCCUUUGCCGCAGCCGAACCGCCCCGGAGGUCUCGAUGACAAGCUGGACGUGCCUGAAACUGACUUUGACAAUCGAGUCCAAGUAGUUGGCACCAAUAGCCAGGACGGGUUCGGUGAUCAGAGCCAGCGUGUGGAGUACACAGAGUACAACAACAAUGGCGGCAACAACCGGCUGAAUGGGAACAGUGGCAGUCCACAGUCGCCCUACGGGCAAGUGCAUGAGCCCCUGGUGUUUUUGCCCCUUCCCGAUGCAGAGGGUCGCAGGUUGCCCAUUUUGAAGCUGAACGUGCCCAUCGGAGUACCGUUUGGUAACGAGACAGGAACACCUCAGGAGGCCCAAACUCGAACCACGAUCUCCUGGAAGCCGUACAAGCAGAGCGACAACUACCUGGUGUCCUGCAACCCCGUCACUGAACUGAAUGAAAAGAUGUUCCAGGUCCGCCUGCCGGGCUCAGCCACAACUGCCACCCUGAUCGGACUCACUCCCGGAGCCAACUACAACGUGAUGGUGGAGGCUCUGCUGGGGGCGCUCAAACACAAGGUUCUGGAGCAGGUCGUCACCGCAGGAAACACAAUUGACAAUGGAGUUCCCGCCAGUAAGGACUCCUGCUACGAUGCCUUCACGGGGACCUACCACGACGUCGGCGCCGAGUGGGAGCGGAUGUCUGAAACGGGCUUCAAGCUGUGGUGCAGGUGCCUGGGACUGGGCAGCGGCCACUUCAGAUGCGACUCUUCCAAGUGGUGCCAUGACAGUGGCAUGAACUACCGCAUCGGGGAGAAGUGGGACCGUCGAGCUGAGAACGGACACCUGAUGAGCUGCACUUGCUUGGGAAAUGGCAAAGGAGAGUUCAAGUGUGAACCGCAUGAUUCCAUGUGCUACGAUGAAGGCAAAACCUACCAAGUGGGCAACCAGUGGCAGAAGGAGUACCUGGGCGCCAUCUGUACCUGCACCUGCUUCGGAGGCCAACAGGGUUGGCGUUGCGAGAACUGUCGCCGACCUGGCAGUGACGUGGACGCCAGUGUGCUGCACCCGACCAGAUACGGAGAUAGCUUACUGCGCAAGAACAUCCACUGUCCCAUCGAGUGCCUCCGACCAGACCUGCUAGCAGACGUACACGUUCCUCAAAACGCCCACGAGUAACGGAUGGUCGGCCCGACAUCUGCUUUGCUCCGUCGCCAUCCAGUUUCUGCACUGUUUCCUCCCGUCGAAGCCACGCCGUCUGCGACUGAACAGAACUAACUGCCCCGUCACUCUUCUGACAACUUUUAGUUGUUUCACUGCUGCCUGAACAAUCAGUAUUGUUUUCUUAAGCCGGUCUUUUCACUGUUGACUCAAAAGUUCUCUGAAUUUGCUUUUCUAAUGAAAGUUCCAGUGUGAUCCUAUGAUUAUUCGCAACUUGUGACAGUCAUAAACUUGUCAAACUGGCAUUUGUUUUCCGUUCGAAUGUGGAGAUGCAUUUUCCUUUAAUCCAAAUGCAAAAAACUGAAAGAUAGCACUGUGUUAAAGAAUGUCAAUGUACCUGUUAAUGUUUAAUUUGUCCAUGUUUCUCUUCUCCAGAGCACUUUGCUCACUGCAGAGGACUCGCACUGUGUGAUUGGCACACUUUGAAUUCUGUCUUUCUACUAAUUUAUCCCUUUAAUUUCAUUGAAAGUGUGAACUAGGGUGCGAGAUUGUGAACGUUUCUAUUUUUGUACUCUGUCAGUGCCAAAGAUGUUUCUACCUUUGACAAGAAGUCCCUUAUUUUAAUAAAGCUGGAGAGAUCCCGAUACCACCUC